GUCCCCGACGAGCCCCGAACCAGGGCGACGGAUCAGUGACGUGUGGAGGUGAUCAACGUCGUCGGGUGCUGGCCGACGACAUCAUGUCUCUUGCUCCGGCGGCCGCAACCUGCCUCGCGAAAAUCGCCACCCGCGUAUAAUAAAGGGCCGCGAAUUAACCCCGUCAACACUACGCUUGCCGUACCCCGCGGCAUCCGCAGACCAGGUAGUCCGGAACUCGCCGCGUCCCGUUAUCAGUGAUCGAGAGAGACACCGUAGAAGCUCCGCGGAUUCCGCGGGCCAGAUUACGCGCGCCAGAUCCGGACCGAAGUCUAGUUCCUUACCGACGAGGCACCGCAGGGCGGAGUUUCGCCUCGCGGUAGCUGCUCCUGUCCCUUUGCCCUGCUGCAGGCGGCCCCCAGUUGCUUCACCGUGUGCACGUAAUAUAAGCUGUGAGAGCGCGCGCAAUGCCGGGGCUUUAGCCUUCCUUACACCCUGCAGCGCAGGGGUGCGCGGACACGCGUGAUUUCGUCGUUCCGUCGUCUCGUUUCGCCUUCUUCGAAACUCUGACUCUCUCUCUCUUUCUCUCUCUCUCUCUCUCUCUUUCUUUCUCUCUCUUUCUCUCUGCGUAAGACACACGCACACGCAGGUAUUCCUGCUGCACAAGCUCGCGUCUGCACGUAGGAACGGUUAUAGUGCAGGUAUAUAUUGUAGUAUUAUGCUGUUUUUCGCCGACUAACUCGACACCUCGAUUAUACCCUCGGGAAAGUGGCGCGUUAUCAACACCGAGGAGGGCCGACGGGCCCGAUGUCCUGAUCACCGAAAUUUUGCCGAUGAAGAUUCACUGCCUUCACUUUUCAAUGGGCGUGCGGGGGUGACUGGAGUGAUGGGAUGGGGCCAGAGCCCCAUGGAGUUCGGGUAGACCCGUCUCCGGCCCAGCUCCCCAGCCUCCUCCGCAGUCGUUGUCUUCACUGGCCCUACUCGCGACGCAGAGGGCCGCCUCGAACGCGAUGGAGGCCGCCGCUGCACACCAACAGAAGGAGAAGGACCCGUACGUUCACAGGCCGUGUGCCUUUGACAAGAUGGAGGGGCUGGUGCGGGAGAUGCAGGACCCUGAGAACGGGGUCCCCGUGCGCAGCCAGAAGCAAUUCCUCACGUCAAUCCCGUCGGCGUUCAUGGGUGAGUGUCGCCGUUACCUUCGCCGAGGCGUUAGCGUAACCGGCCAACAGAGCCAGGACACUACAGGAUGCCUGCGUGUUGCAGGUUACGACCUCGUCGAGUGGCUGAUGGAGCGGCUUGCCAUUGAAGAAUCAGUAGAGGCGGUCCAUAUUGCUAAUCAACUUUGCCAGUACGGUUACUUCUUCCCGGUGAACGACUCCAAGACUCUGACUGUUAAGGAUGACAGCUCUCUGUAUAGGUUUCAGACUCCAUACUACUGGCCAUGGCAGCAUAGAACACCGGAUAACGUCGAGUACGCGAUUUACCUUGCAAAACGAACCCGAAGAAACAAGCAACGGCACGCACUCGAGGACUACGAAAUUGAGGCACUGAACAGUCUACGAAGGAAUUUACAAAAUAAAUGGGACUUGAUACAGCAGCAGGCGGAAGAACAGGUUCGACUGUCGAAGGAGAGGAAGAAGGGCGACAAGAUAGUCAGCGACUCGCAGGAAAGAGCUUUCUGGAGGGUUUACCGACCGCCACCUGGAUGCCUCAGCAGCCUUGAGGUUGUCCCUGUGCCGACACGCGGUCGUCCCGGUGCUCCGCGUCCACCGCCCCGGAAACGAACGCUUGCCGAUUUGCAGCGCGAGGUGGAGCUGCUCCGAAACAGCUUGACGCGAACGAGGAUCAAGAUGUCAACCGCCAUCGAAAACCUCAAGAACCAUUUCGAAACGUACACGGAGUACGACCCGAUGAUCGUUCAGCCGCAGCCUUCGAAUCCAUGGAUCACCGACGACCAAAUUUUCUGGCAACUGAACAGCCCACUAGUCGAAGUACCGACGGAAAAACGAGUUAAAAGAUGGGCUCUGUCAAUGGAGGAAGUCAUGUCCGAUCCAACCGGGUUGCUGGAAUUCACGAAUUAUCUGAGGAAGGAAUACAGUCAUGAAAACAUAAGAUUCUGGAUGGCCGUGAAGGACCUGAGACGAAGUUUUCAGGCCCAAAUACCCGUCAAAGUCAACGAAAUUUACGAGGAAUUCCUUGCCGCCGGAGCACCGUGCGAGAUAAACAUCGACGGUAAGACGAUGGAGAAGGUACAGCAGGAGAUGAAGAACCCGACGAGAUUCACGUUCGACGCUGCCGCGGAACACGUGUACACUCUUCUUCUAAAAAAAGACUGCUACCCCAGGUUCAUCCGGUCCGAGCACUAUCGGCAGCUUCUGGCCGCCGGAGUACAACCUCUGCAAAAGAAAAGGUUCUUCGGGUUCGGCGGUCAGGCAAAGAAGAAGGCUUCCUCGACUUCGGUUCCGACUUCCGGAAGCCUUCAGCAGCACCAACAGCAGCAGACCAGCGGCGGUGGGGCGGCUGGAACCGGAAGAAGACGUGGAAGCGAUCGGAGUCUUUCCGGCUCGGCUCACGAGCUGGCGAUUUGCGGGAUCAGGGACAUCGCGACUGCUCCUCGCGUACCGCAUUCCCACAGCCAGUCGAAUCUCACCGACAUACCGUACAGGGGAGAUCUGGCUUGUCUCGUAAAAAUCCCAGCCAGGCCUAACCCAGAUGAUUUUCAGGAUGCUGGCGUGUCGGGAUCGGCGGCGGUGGUUCGCCCUACAGACGACGUUUGCCCGUGGGACGCGGCCCCGGGUCCAGUUCCGGGCCCGAGCUCCGAGCGUCCCGGCGAUCCGGGAGGGGGGUCGUCAGCGUCGGUUGGGACCGCCGCCGGCGGCGGUGAGGCCCUAACCGAGGCCCGAGGGGCCUCGCGGAAGAACUCGUCGCAGUUCGACUCGGGCAGCUCAUCUUCGGACGUUAGCGUUGCGGUCGCGGAGGCGGCCGAACGUCUGCGCCGGUCCUGCACGUUGCAGCAGCAACAGCAGCAGCAGCAGCAGCAGCAGGUUGCCGGGUGUCCACGAGGUUCUCGAGGGGCCAGUGUGACCUUCGCCGAUACGAGUCGAGCCUCGGUCUCAUCCUCGAACGAGUACUUCUCACCCCAGCGAUCCUUCGACCUCUCACAUUCGGCCGCAGCACCGCAGCUCGAGGAGACGACGGAUACGCCGAUCGGGGUCGUUGAUACUUCAGAGGGUUCGAUCAGCCCUCGGGGUGGGGUUCCGGCGAUGGCGCCGGUGAUAAGCAUCAGUUCGAUAGUCGGCGAGAUUCUCGCCGAGGAAACGCAGGGCGCCGUGAAUAUUGACUGCAAGGAUGUUCGGGAGGAGAAUUCGACGGUCGAGGAUGACGUCGUCGUUGAGGGUGAUCGCGAGGAGGGAAACGAAUCGCGAAACAACGCGGCCACACCCCACGUCAGGAUCGAAAUCGACGGCGAGGAACUCGCCGAAGACGCUCAGGUUGUUCCUGUCUGGGAACCGGACACUCAGACACAGGAAUCUACUCGAGCUAUACCCACACCCAUGGAGCAGCAGGACAAUAAUGAUAACGAAGUUUGCCCGUGGGAAGACGAAGAAAAUUGUCGAGUGGAUGCUACCUACGUUAAAACCUACUCGACAUUGGGCUAUCUUUAAAUCUCUGGCAUUCGUAACUAUAUCUUCUGUAUUAAUAUAUAUAUAUAUAUAUAUAUAUAUAUAUAUAUAUAUAUAUAUAUAUAUAUAUAUAUAUAUAUAUGUGUAUAUAUAUACACAAUAUACAUACGUGUGUAUAUUAAUAUAUGAAUAUAUGACAUACAUUAUUGAAUAGUUAUAAAUCUUCGGCGGACAUGCCGAAUUUGACGCGUUCGCUAUAUUAUUGAAACUACAUAAAAUAUUAUAGUAUAGUUAUUUAACACACACACACACACACACAAACACAAAAACACAUACCAGUCGUACAUCAUCUGUGAUGUAUACCUGGUGUAUCUUUUAAACCACAUCGAGAAGCUCAAGUGCCCACGUUAUACGAUGUGCACGGAACGUAUUUCUCCCUUCCUCCCUCCCUAAUUGCCUCGUUUUUUAUUUCAUUUCAAUGAUUUUUCAUCAACUUUACAUCAUUAUCAAUUUCGUACACGCACCUAUACUCGGUUGACGUCGGUGAAAAUUCGUGAGAUCGAUUUUUCUUCGCGGAGUAUGAAUAAACGAAAAGAGAAAAGAAACUGAAGAAGUCGGUAAAAUAAUGCCAAGGCCGCAUGUAAUUUGUAAUAUAAUCAUGACGGAGACAUGGUGAAAAAUUCUUUUGUGUAUUACUCCGCUUGAAAUCACUAAUACCUGUAUUAUUAUUAUUAUUAUUAUUUAUAUUAUUAUUAUUUAUAUUAUUUAUAUAUAUAUAUAUGUAUAUGUAUACACGCAUACGUUUGUGAAAUUUCUUCUUAAUCUCGCAAGUUCGAAUUUAUACGAUAAUGAUGAUAUUUUGAGAACAGCUGCGAUUACAUAACGUACGUAAAUUAUAAUGCUAUACGAUUGCGGAGUUAAAAUCUUCGUUUCCCCCGUUACAAUAUAAUUUGCAAUUGAUUCUUAGUAAUAUUUUAUAAGCACACGUUUCUUAUCAUUGUGUAUGAUACACAAAGCGAUUUACUUGUCGCAAAAUUACGAUUAUUAUACAAAUUAUACAUAAGUAUAUGACGACUAUCGUUGCAGUAUGUAUUAGUAGUAGAAAUAAGCUAAUCGUUAUAAUCGUGUACAAUUAAGAGGUGAAAAAAAAAUAACAAUACUUCAUCGCCUAUAACGUAUACCGUGUAUUCGAUACUUAUAACACACAGUACGUACGAAAAGUAUA